GGUUCCUACUGCGGCUGGGCACAGACUCCGCUCCCGCGUCGGCCCGCGCUCCAGCUGCGCCCGGCCCGGCCCCGGCCCGGCUCGGCCCAGCCUCGGCCUCCGCGCGAAGACGCCGCUGCCUCUGGGCCGCUCCCAGGGCCAUGAGGAGGCGGCGGCAGCCACUGCGGCCCGCGUCAAGGUGACCGGCCGGGACUGCGGCGGCGGCGAAAGCGGCGGACUGACUCUCAGGCAGGUUAUGUCACCGGCAGAGGCUGCCCUGAAGCUCCCCACGGCCUGGAGACUAUGUACAAGAAGAAUGGUCUGAUGGCUAGCGUGUCGGUCACCUCUGCCACUCCACAGGGCAGCAGCAGCUCAGACUCGCUGGAGGGCCAGAGCUGCGACUAUGCCAGCAAGAGCUACGACGCUGUCGUCUUUGAUGUCUUGAAAGUGACUCCCGAGGAGUUUGCUAGCCAGAUCACCCUCAUGGACAUCCCCGUGUUUAAAGCUAUCCAGCCGGAGGAACUAGCCAGCUGUGGAUGGAGUAAGAAGGAGAAACAUAGUCUCGCCCCCAACGUCGUGGCCUUUACCAGGAGAUUUAACCAGGUCAGUUUUUGGGUUGUACGAGAAAUUCUAACAGCACAGACUUUAAAAAUAAGGGCAGAAAUCCUGAGCCAUUUUGUGAAAAUAGCCAAGAAACUUCUAGAACUCAACAACCUUCAUUCUCUCAUGUCUGUGGUAUCAGCAUUACAAAGUGCUCCCAUCUUCAGGCUGACAAAAACCUGGGCUCUUUUGAAUAGAAAAGACAAGACCACCUUUGAGAAAUUGGACUACCUGAUGUCCAAAGAAGAUAAUUAUAAACGGACUCGGGAAUAUAUUCGGAGCCUGAAGAUGGUGCCCAGCAUUCCCUAUCUAGGGAUCUAUCUUCUGGAUUUAAUCUACAUUGAUUCUGCAUAUCCUGCCUCUGGGAGCAUCAUGGAAAAUGAACAAAGAUCCAACCAAAUGAACAACAUCCUACGAAUAAUUGCUGAUUUACAAGUUUCCUGCAGCUACGAUCACCUUACCACCCUGCCCCACGUGCAGAAGUACCUGAAGUCAGUUCGCUACAUUGAAGAGCUCCAGAAGUUUGUGGAAGAUGACAACUACAAACUGUCGCUCAGAAUUGAACCAGGAAGCAGCUCCCCGAGGCUGGUCUCCUCCAAGGAAGAUCUUGCAGGCCCCUCCGCAGGCUCCAGCUCAGCCAGGUUCCGCCGGAGGCCCACCUGUCCCGAUGCCUCUGUGGCCGGCAGCCUCCCCACACCGCCGGUCCCCAGACACAGGAAGAGUCACAGCCUGGGCAACAAUAUGAUGUGUCAGUUGAGUGUAGUUGAGAGUAAAAGUGCGACAUUCCCAUCGGAGAAAGCCAGGCACCUUCUGGACGACAGUGUCCUAGAGUCCCGCAGCCCCCGCAGGGGCCUCGCCCUCACCUCCUCCUCUGCCGUCACCAAUGGACUCUCCCUAGGCAGUAGUGAGAGCUCAGAGUUUAGUGAAGAGAUGUCUUCAGGGCUGGAAAGCAGGGGACGUCUUUAUGCCACGCUGGGCCCCAACUGGCGGGUUCCGGUUCGGAAUUCUCCCAGAACCCGGAGCUGCGUCUACAGCCCCACGGGCCCGUGCCCCUGUACCCUGGGGAGCUCCGCCACCGUGCCCACCAUGGAGGGGCCUCUGAGGAGGAAAACGCUGCUCAAGGAGGGACGGAAGCCCGCGCUGGCCUCGUGGACCAGGUACUGGGUCAUACUGUCAGGCUCCACCCUCCUCUACUACGGAGCCAAAUCCUUGCGGGGCACAGACAGAAAACAUUAUAAAUCCACACCUGGCAAGAAGGUCUCCAUUGUGGGCUGGAUGGUGCAGCUGCCUGAUGACCCUGAGCACCCGGAUAUCUUCCAGCUAAAUAAUCCUGACAAAGGCAAUGUUUACAAGUUUCAGACUGGUUCCCGAUUUCACGCGAUACUGUGGCACAAGCAUUUGGAUGAUGCAUGUAAAAGCAACAGGCCUCAGGUACCUGCCAAUCUUAUGUCAUUCGAGUAAGUCUCUGCGGGACUUGGCGUGACCGCGAAGGCUUCUGGGAGCCUGGACUGGGCCUGAUGGAGAAGAGCUGCCCUGGGCACGGGCCGCGGCCAGGGCACCGGAGCCUCCUAGCCGGAUUCCAGGGACACGGCCUGUGGCCUCACCGUCCCGGAGGGCUCUCCAGUAGGGGACCCACCCGUCAAUCCCCAGCAACUGUCAUGACUCAUCUUGCAGCGCCACCUCGCAGGGCCCUGUUGGAGCCCGAACUGCACGCCCUGGGCCCCUCUCUGGGCCUCAUCUGUCCACCAGCCGCUUCUGCCAUUGAGAGCAUUUGGCCCACGUUGGGUUCUCUGUGCUUCCUGCUGCACACGGAGUGGACAGUGCAGACUGCAAAGAGGGACCAGAGGGCAGGGGCAGCUGCGGGAAGGCGUGUUACACCCCAAGUGCACGGGGCUGUCUGCCCACAGGGCUGCCUCAGAUUUUGUACACCCCUGAAGUGUCCCCUGCGUGUGCGUGCCAUACAUGUGUGCGUACAAGCGAGUGUGAACUCUUUGAGAAACAUGCAUUUUGGCACUAGACUUGUGACAUCACACCCUUCAUUUGCUCUGAGGCCCUGCUUUUCACCUUUAGUUCCAGCCUCAUCCAACAAGAAAGGUCAGAGGAGGGCGGGAGCCCCCAUGUUAAGGGUCCCUUGCGUUCUUUUACUGUAAACAAACAAUGCCUUAAA